AUGGCCUACUACGACAUCCUCGCCGCGCAAAAAGCCAAAGCCCCGCCCAUCGGCACCGAGGACGCCUCCGGCGUGACCCCAACGGACGACGGCUCCCUGAUCGUAACGAUCGGCGAAGUGCAGGGCUACAUCUCGUUCCCGCGCAUCGUCUUCGUCUCGCCCGAUUCGCGCAACCCCAUCCAGACGUUCCGCACAAUCACGCUCAAGGACUUCAAGACCUACGCUGAGAACAUCGACGCGUACCACUUUGCGCCUCGGGGGGGACAGCAGGAGGUCUUUGGAUUUCAUGUUAUGCAGGAGAGACCGGGGGAUGAGUCGAGGUUGCUUUAUGGGCAGGGGACUGUUACGGGUGUUGUGGAGGGGGUGAAGAUUGCGCUUGUUGAGUAG